AUGAGCGCGGACCUGAACCGCCAAGUCCUUUGGCUAUUAGAGAAAUGCUCUCGCCUCCCGCAACUCAAGCAGCUCCAGGCCUUCCUCACAACGCUCGGUCAUAGCCAGACCCAGUUCUUCUCCUUCAAGCUCGUCCGUUUCUGCACCAUGGAACUUGCCGACCUCUCCUACUCUCGCCUUCUCUUCGACAACCUUGGUAGUUUGAUCGAAGCGGGUUUUGUUUUUGGAACAUUGUUCGAACCAAGCUUGACGGCAUGGAAUUCUAUGAUUAACUGCCUUGCACUUCAUGGGCAUAGUGAGCGUGCCAUUGCAGUCUUCAAUGAUAUGGAAAAUCAGGGAUCCAGACCUGAUGAGAUUACUUUUGUCGGGCUUCUGAAUGCUUGUACUCACGCCGGAUUGGUCGAUGAAGGGAUGAGUUAUUUCAACUCCAUGAGAAGAACUUAUGGGAUUGAGCUGAAGAUCGAACAUUAUGGAUGUGCGGUAGAUCUUCUUUGUCGAGCUGGGAGAUUUGAAGAGGCAAUGGGAGUAGUAAAGGACAUGAAGAUUGAACCUGAUGAGGUUAUUUGGGGUUCUUUUCUGAAUGGUUGCAAGGUUCAUGGAAAUUUCAGUUUGGCAGAGUUUUCAGUUAAAAAGCUUAUUGAGAUUGAUCCAAGCAAUGUUGGUUAUGGUGUGAUGUUAGCAAACUUGUACAGCAAACAUGGAAAGUGGGAAGAGGUGGGACAUGUUAGGAAGAUGUUGAAAGAUGGUGGAGGGAAGAAGUUACCAGGCUGCAGUUGGAUUGAGGUGGAUAACAGGGUUCACCAAUUUUACUCAGGUGAUAAAUUUCAUCCAGAAGCUGAUGUGAUUUGUGGACUAUUAGAAGAGUUAGCUGGGCUGUUAGAACCUUAACAAGAACUAUUUUAGCUGGUUUUUACAUUUCUGAGUUGAUUCUGACUCUGCAAGCUGAGUUUUUCCUGAUUGGUGAUCUCGGUGAAAGAUUAAAUUCAUUCAAAAUAUGGAGCUCAUCUGUUGAUAGAUCUGAAUAGUUCUGUUUAACCACUGAUUUUGCUGGAUUAGAAGAACUGAAAGCAGUAUUCUGCAGAACAAAAGAACCAUUACCAGCAUUUUCUUUUUCCUUUUGAGGUUUACAAGGCAUAAUAUGGGGUAAACUAAUUUACUUUCUUACGUCAUUGUACACAUGAUUCAUCAUUGAGAGCACACCUGCACCAAAAGAAUAAUUAAGCUUGCAGCAAUAUGAGCAGCUUAUACUAUAGUCUAACCAACAAGAAGAGCUUUUCUUUUGUUGAAUCUGUAAAAAAAAUUAUUUGAUGAUUAAGAUACAAGAUCUGAAGAAAAAGGCUUCAUAAUCAUCAGCUUUACACAAUACAAAUUUUAGUUGAUUCGACUAGCUAGAUAUUAUAUUAAUCUCAAAACAAAUCUAACUCGAAAGUUCUUCACUCGAAGUAGGUUGUUUUCAUUUACAAUGUAUAUGUCUUAUUCUUUCGCUUGUUUAUUAGUAGAAUGAUGUCAAACUUUUU